UGCCAAAUAUCCAGAGAGAGCAAAACAGAAGCUGAGCUGAACUGCUGUGAACAACCGCAUCAUCAGCAAAGAGUAAAUGGUGACAGAUUUCCAUUGUGUUUGUUUAAUAAUUCAGCUCGACAUCAACACAAAAUGCGAAUGCCUAUUGUGCCUCUCGACAGACCAGUAUUUUUACAAAAAUACUGGCAGUAGUGCUGGACAAGUAUUGCAGUCACGUCGUCUAUCCAAGGGAAAAGUCGUUUACCGAGGCAGACAGACACAGUCAAUGUUUGCUUGUAUUCAAGGAACACUUGUCAAAGUUAAGUAACUUUUGCUUCGUAUAACCCCAAGUUUAUUUUAACUGAAGUGGUCCUCAGUUGUUAGCUUGCGCCGGGUGCCCGCGUUUGGUCAAGUGUGUGUCGGUGGUCCAACCUGCCGUGAUGAUUCCCGAGUGCCCCCGGAAUUCUGAAACAAGGAGCCGAACACGGUGCCAUGGCCAGUCGGCUGCUGAAGCUAACCAAAACCGGACCGGUCUACUCUACGAGAUCAAAACACCCAUUCAGACUGAUGCCUUCACGGAACACUACAACAUAAUACCAGGCAAAGAGCUCGGCAGGGGUAAGUUUGCAGUGGUGCGUAAGUGCGUGGAGAAGUGCUCCGGACGCGAGUAUGCGGCCAAGUUCAUGCGCAAGAGGAGGAAGGGCCAGGACUGCCGCUCGGAGAUCAUCCACGAGAUCGCCGUGCUGGAGCUGGCCACCAGCAGCCAGAGGGUGGUCAACCUGCACCAGGUCUACGAGAUGACCAGCGAGAUGGUGCUCGUACUCGAAUUUGCUGCGGGCGGCGAGAUCUUCAACCAGUGUGUGGCGGAGCGGGACGAGGCUUUUACGGAGGAGGACGUGAAGCGACUGAUGAGGCAGAUCCUGGAGGGAGUGGCCUUCCUGCACAGGCGCAACGUGGUGCACCUCGACCUCAAGCCUCAGAACAUCCUCCUCACCAGUGACUCUCCGCUCGGUGACAUCAAGAUCGUUGACUUUGGCCUGUCCAGGAUGGUGAGCGGCCACCAGGAGAUUCGGGAGAUCAUGGGGACACCGGAGUACGUGGCACCUGAAAUCCUGAAUUAUGAGCCCAUCAGCAUAGCGACAGACAUGUGGAGCAUCGGGGUUCUGGCGUACGUGAUGUUGACUGGCAUCUCUCCGUUCCUGGGCGAGGACAAGCAGGAGACCUUCCUCAACAUCUCCCAGAUCAACGUCAGCUACACAGAGGAGGAACUGGAGGGACUCGACAAGAGGGCUCUAGGCUUCAUCAAAGCCCUGCUCAUUAAAGACCCACAAGAGCGUGCCACGGCAGAGGAGUGUCUGCAACACCCCUGGCUGCAGCCCCCUGCCACGACGACAGCAGCAGCAGUCACCCCCAUAAAGGCAUCAGCAGCUGCAGCCGCCUCCAGCACUGAGGCUCUGGACAACCAGCCAGCGAGCCCCCAGUGCCUACUGGACCCAGCCAGCCCGCUCAGCCCAGUGAGCAGCAGCAGCACAGCAUCCAGCUCCAGCGCCGAGUCUGAGCCAGACGACUCGGAGGAGGUGACAGAGGAGCUGAUCGUAAUGGCAGCCUACACGCUGGGCCAGUGCCGGCAGACCUCGUCCUCGUCCGACAAGGACACGCUGACGCCCGACCAGAAGGCCAUCUCCAAGCGCUUCAAGUUCGAGGAGCCCUUCUCCGCCCUGCAAGAGGUGCCCGGCGAGUUCAUCUACUGAACCCAGCUCAACAGUUAUACAGUGCCCUCCUCUGGUAGCAUGCUGUUACUGCAGGUUUAGGGAGACGCUCUUUGUGCAAAAAUACUUUCAAGUUAAGCACCAGUAGUCUAAAACGCAAAACAAAACAAACAUAAAAACAUGUCGCACUUAUAAUAAGCAAAUGAGUUCAUUGCUUUUAACCCCCAACCUUGCAUGUUUUUUUUUCCUUUUAAUUCACAAGCCAAACUCGUUUUGUUUUAUUUUUUUCCAUUUCAUUUGUUCUGUCCUUUUUUAAUUAUAAAAAAAAGAAGAAAGAGAAAAAAAAACCCUGCGUUCUCUUGUUCUGCUGCUUUUGCUAUUUGAGUUUUUAAUGGAUAUGUUGUUACAGAUAACGCCUUGCUGUGGUACCCCCACCCACUCACUCACCCCUCACCCCCACCCCCUUACUCCUACUUUGGUGCCAUGCUUGACUCUUUUCAGAAUUCCUGUGUUUAUAUUGGGUCACAAUACUAUGUGAUGCCCACAUCACUUUUUAAGUUUAUUUUUUCAUUUUCAGUUAAGUUUUCUUUGCCAUUCAUCUGAAAGUGGGUUCUAUGUUUAAUUGUUUUAGAUGUCCUUAUGGAUAUGAAUGGGAGGCUGGGGUGAGGAAAAUGAUAUGUAAAUGAAACAGAAAUAAUAUUUGUUUUAAAUGUUAUGUCUAUAAAACGUGUUUAAUAAGCCAUUAUUACACAUAACCCCUCCUGUUUCGGGUAUAUAAGCUCUACAGCAAUAAUAGCAAACUUCUUUUUUUUCAUUCAUUCAUUCUUGGUUCAUACUGAUUAUUGUGUCUUUGUUAUUUCCACUCAGUAGACAUUAUUACUGUACAUUUUGUCCAACGCGGUUUCCAUUGAAGGUUAGGCAUCCUUUUCAAUGGAAGCUAAUGUAAAGACCAUUUAUGAUGCUGUAAAUAAAAGUUAAUCUCCGAGACCA